UUUAAAGGCGCUCGCGGCUCGGGCGGCCGGGGCUGGGGAGGCGGCGGCGGCGAGAGCUGCCUCCUCUCCGGGCGGCGGCGCUGACUGAUCUCGCGAACCCGGCUUCUGUGUAAACUGAGGCUAAACAAACACAGAUGGAGCGCAGCGGGCGUUCUCCAGAAAUGCUGGCAGGGCGGCAGCGACUUCAGAUGACACUCUGAGCGCUCCGGGAACGGACUGCCCGGCGGCUUCGCGGAGCCGGCGGCGCAGCUGCCCCGGGCGAGGGGGAGACAGGGAGAGAGGGCGGGAGGAGGGCGGGAGAGACAGAGAAGGGGGAGAGCUGGAGACUCCGAGGCGCUGAGCGCGGCGGCGGCCGGGCAGAGCCGGCGCGCAGCCUGCAGAGCGAGCGCGGCGGGCGCGCGUCCCGGGCACCCCACGCCCCUGCCUCGCGCGCUGCCCGAGCCAUGAAGCACAUCCCGGUUCUCGAGGACGGGCCGUGGAAGACUGUGUGCGUGAAGGAGCUGAACGGCCUCAAGAAGCUCAAGCGGAAAGGCAAGGAGCCGGCGCGGCGCGCAAACGGCUAUAAAACUUUCCGAUUGGACUUGGAAGCGCCCGAGCACGGCGCCACCGCCACCAACGGGCUGCGCGACAGGACCCAACGGCUGCAGCCCGUCCCGGCCCCGGUGCCAGCCCCAGUGGCGCCGGCCGUUCCCUCAGGUGGGGGCGCGGACACAGCCGGGGAGCGCAGGGGCGCCCGGGCGCCGGAGGUCUUGGACGCGCGGAAACGCGGCUUCGCCCUGGGCGCAGUGGGGCCGGGACUGCCCACGCCGCCGCCACUGCCGCCGCCUCCAGCGCCCCAGGGCCAGGUACCUGGGGCUCCUGAGGCACAGCCUUUCCGGGAGCCCGGCAUGCGUCCCCGCAUAUUGCUGUGCGCACCGCCUGCACGCCCCACGCCGGCCGCGCCCCCUGCGCCCCCGGAGUCCUCGGUGCGCCCCGCGCCCCCCACGCGCCCCGGGGAAAGUUCCUACUCGUCAAUUUCACACGUAAUUUACAAUAACCACCCGGAUUCCUCCGCGUCGCCUAGGAAACGGCCGGGUGAAGCGACCGCCGCCUCCUCGGAGAUCAAAGCCCUGCAGCAGACCCGGAGGCUCCUGGCGAACGCCAGGGAGCGGACGCGGGUGCACACCAUCAGCGCAGCCUUCGAGGCGCUCCGGAAGCAGGUGCCGUGUUACUCAUACGGGCAGAAGCUGUCCAAACUGGCCAUCCUGAGGAUCGCCUGUAACUACAUCCUGUCCCUGGCGCGGCUGGCUGACCUUGACUACAGCGCCGACCACAGCAACCUCAGCUUCUCCGAGUGUGUGCAGCGCUGCACCCGCACCCUGCAGGCCGAGGGGCGCGCCAAGAAGCGCAAGGAGUGACCGGCCCUGGGCUAGACCCAGGACGCUGCUGUGAGCCCUCUUUCCAGUCAAGCCUGAGGAGAAGGCGAGCUCGCCCAGUCCAGCCUCCUCUUCCUCUCCGAGAUGCCACCAGACGCUCAGAUCACCACCUGUCAGGGUCGGACAGGAUCACGCCCGCCUCCCUUUCACCCUGCUGCCCUCCCGCAGCCACUCCGCAGUGACUUCGCACCUUGCCCUCCACCCGGUGGGGAGGGGAGAGCUCAGCCUUCCCCUUGCCCGGGGCCCGAGGCCCACCAUCUGGCUGCAGAGAUUCGUGGCCAAAGAUUCGACAGACACUGAACAAAAUGUGGUGAGCAAACCCCACGGUGAGAAGCCACACGGUUGCUCUGUGACUUGUGCUCCUCUUGUUGCCCAAGUCCCAUCUCAAGCCAAAGACGAGUCAGCAGUUCCACUAGGAACUCACGGAAGGUUGGACACUUGGUGACCUUGGAAGCGUGUGGUCCUCUGACUCAGAACUUUCUUUCCACACGGGGCCCUAAGUCAGCUGGGUGCAAGAUGAGCCUUCUGGGGGCUGUGAGAGGCAGGCUGGGGAUGCCUGUAGGGAGUGGGAUCUGAGAUCCCGGCCCCUUCUCUCCCUCCCACUGGCUGCCCAGGCCUCUGACCCUGAUUCUCCAUGUUCCCUGGGCCCAGGCUCCUUCUUGGGCUCUGAGCAUCGUGGGAAGGGAGUAAGGAGGGAAAGAAGCAUACUGACCACCCCGUACCCCAGCCCAGGGACUGGCUCCAAGGCAACCUGCCUAAGGGUAUUUGCAACCCAAGCCAGCCCAGCCAGCCACUCCUUGCCAGUGGCCCGCCCUCCUGGCUGGGCAAACAAGAUGGCACCCGGCUUGGGGGCCAGUGGUCUGUUACAGGCUGUGCAGGGGGCCAGAGGGGAGGAAGGGACCAGGGGAGCGGGCUGGUAUGUGGGGGAGGGGGCCAUGUUCAAAAGCCAAGGCCUGCUCCUUCCUUGUACUCAAAAGGCCAAAGCUGUUCACAUCUGUGCUCAACCAUCUGCUUCAAAUUGAAGUAAAAGCCCCAACAUGUAAAGAAA